AUGGCCUUUUUUGUUCCAGCGGUAAGGCUCGGUGCAGGACAUUUGAGGGCUAAUGUCAGCAAUGGUUUGCAAUAUCUAGAAAAUCAAGAAUAUAUUUUGUACACCACUUUCUCUGUGGGGUUAGGCUGUACUUUUCUAUGCUUGAACUGUGUUCUCCUGUACACCUUGAGGAGCAAGCCAGUUUUUCGUGAGACAUCCCGUUACAUUCUGUUGUAUAAUCUGCUCUUUGCCGAUACUGCUCAUCUUGCAUUAAGUUUGUUAUUGUACAUACUGGCUGUAAGCAGACUUAUGCUAACAAUGUCUGUUUGUGGUUUGCUUACCAUGUUCUCUAUUUACGUUGAAUCGAUCUCUCCUCUUACUCUGGCAGUGAUGUCUGUUGAGAGAUAUGUGGCUGUGUGCUUUCCUCUGAGACAUGCAGACCUUGUCACCAUCAGAAAGACCGGAGCAGCCAUUGCUGCUGUGUGGACGGUCUGUUCUCUCAAUAUCGUCAUACGGGUGUUAAUACUUGUUUGGCGACCUGACUAUGAAUUGAAUGAGAAAAUGAAGGACUUCUGCUCAAAAGAGGCAAUGUUUCUGACACCAAUGACUAAACAUUUUGAUGAAGCAUAUUCCAGUUUUGUGUUUUUAUUUGGGGGUCUUGCAAUUGUAUUCUCUUAUGUUGGUGUGACUCUGGUUGCCAGGUCAGCCUCGUCAGACAAAGCUUCCGUCAGAAAGGCAGGAAAAACUGUUUUACUUCAUUUCUUUCAGUUGGUCCUGAUACUAACCUUCACCCUCAAUUCUAUCAUCCUCACAGCCUUUGCAAGACAAUUGGACAGAAAAACUCUGGUGCGUUUGUCCAUUAUAAUCUUUGUGUGUUUGAAUCUAUUUCCCAGGUGUCUAAGUGCUCUCAUUUAUGGCCUCAGGGACCAAACGCUCAGACCAGCCCUCCUGAACAACAUCGGUUGUCAGUUAAGAUGCUUGGUCGGCCCAAACAAGACUAAAUUCAGAAAAAGAACCUAG